UCGAGGCAGGAAGUGACGCAAGUGCUGACUCUAGUACGUGCGACAGUGGCAAAGGUGGAAGUGACGUUGAAGUGCAGAAUCAGUUAUGUCAAACAAAACUUUAUGGUGACGCAACUCUACAGAGAAAAUGUAUGCCGGAUCAUCGUUCAAAUCUCAACUUUGUCAUCAGUGGUCAGAGUAGCGCGAAGGGCAAGCAUUUGAGGAACUGUUUCGCGCCUGAAAAUCUACAGAACGGUACUUCUCUUACUGGAUCUAACAUAUUUAGAGGCACGCCCUCUUCAUUCUGGCCACGCCCAUCAUAUUCUCCUGACUCGUCACAGUUUGCUGGUCACAAUAACAAUAAAAAUAUAAGUGUAGCUGGAUACAAACAAAUUGUAGCAGACAACAGACCCCAACAACAUUUGACGCUUGACCGAAGUAAUAACAAUAAUCAUUCUUGUUUAGAGCCAAUGAGAAGUCACAAAAGAUUAGUGGGAGCUAUCUCGUUGGCGAAUCAGAAUAAUCAGUUCUCAAGCUCAUCCAAUCGCAACAAUUAUUACACAGACCCUCCCGAAGCCACGCCUUCUGUUCCACACAGGUUAAGUUCUAUAUCGUGCACAGAAGAAGAGGCCAGCAUGUGGGACUGCGAUACAACCACAUCCGGAAGUUACAUAGUAGACCCCUGUGAACUAAAUAGUGAAAUAGACUCGUAUUUUUUCAGGAACAUGCAGGAUAUAGUGGUAUAA